CUGGAUGAAAUAACAUUACAAUAAAAAAAAUACGCACAAAAAAAUAUAUUUAAAAAAGAAAAAAAGUGAGAAAGAAAAAACAGAAAGAAAGAGAGAAGCUGAGGUUACAGCGCCUCCAUCGCUGCUCUUCUUCUUCGAUCGAAUUAUCGAAUCCCUAAUUUUUUAUUUUUGGAAAAAAAUUCCUAAAUUUUUGCAAUUUUGGAGCAUCGAAUACUUCAACUCUCACUCUUUCUCGUCUCGAAUUUUUUUUAUUUCUUUUUUUGAAAUUUUUGGAUCAAAAUUUUGUUCGAUUUUUUUCAGCGAUUUUCUCCGUCGAUCAACUCAUCGAUAAAGGGAGAGAAAAAGGGGAAAAUCCGAUUUUUGUUUUAAUUGGGGUUUUGCUAUGGCUGCAAAUAUUAAUACGGCUAAUUUCAAUACCUCUUCCGCUUCAGUGACAACUGUUAAUCACUCUCCCAGUAGCCCUAAACAAUCACAUCGCGCUACGAGGGCGGGUUCUUCGACUAGGACUGGAAUCGGUCGUCGAGAACCCGACCCGAUCGCCGGUGUUCCGUUAUCGCCUUCGUCUUCUUCGUCGUCGCCACCGCCAUUAAUAGCUGCGACUGAGCAGCCACCUGUUGUGGCGGUGGUUGAGGAGGAAGGCGGGGAGAAUGCGGGUUCUGGGUCUAAUGGAAAUGCGGGUAAGAGGCCCGCUUGGAACAAACCUUCUAACGGUGAUGCCGAGAUUGCGGCCGUCAUGGGGACCCAUAGGUGGCCUGCUUUGUCUGAUUCCGCUAAGGCUUCUCCCAAAUCCUCUUCAGAUUCACCCAGAGCUUCAUUGGAUGGAUCAUCAUCUUCUCCUCCUGUUGUCCCCGUUUCUCAGGGGAGUGGAAGUGCGUCAUCAUCUUCCGCUUUGCAGAAACCAGUCAGCAACAGUGCAAACUCAAAUUUGAAUUUGACUCCGAACCAUGCUCCUAUACGCCAGAGGUCAAUGAAACGCAAUAGUAAUAACUCGGCAUCUAAUGGCAGUCUCUCACAGCCUCCACCUCAAGGUCCUAUUGUUGAAUUACCUGUUAAUAGCCCUUCUUCAAGGGACCAGACACAGAGAAGUGGAUUUGCAUCACAGUCUCAUGCUGGUAGUAAUGAUCACCAACACCCACGGAAUUCAUUCAGACAACGUAAUGGUGGUCCACAUCCACGAGGAGAGGGUUCUCACCAUCAGAAUUUUGGAGGAAGGCGCAAUCAAGAUCAUGGAAAUCAUGAGUGGAAUGGUCGAAAUUUUAAUAACAGGGAUGGUCACAUGCAGCCAAGAGUUGCUCCUAGGUUAAUGAGGCAUCCCCCCCCACCUCCUCUGCCUAAUACUUUACCAUUUAUUGCUCACACUCCUAUGCGGCCUUUUGGCACCCCAAUGGGGUAUCCUGAAUUGGCAUCUCUUUAUAUGGUCCCAGCUGCUCCUCCAGAGUCACUUAGAGGUUUGCCAUUUGUUGCCUCAAUGUCCCCAAUGUUUUUCCCAGCCCCUGAGCCUCAUGACAAUCAGUUGCAUGCUAGUAUAGUGAAUCAGAUAGAUUAUUAUUUCAGUAAUGAAAAUCUAAUUAAGGAUACCUACUUGAGGCAGAACAUGGAUGACCAGGGCUGGGUUCCUAUUAAAUUAAUAGCCGGCUUCAAAAAGGUUUCACUUUUGACUGAUAAUAUUCAGCUGAUAACGGAUGCUCUGCAAAGUUCAACAGUUGUGGAAGUGCAGGGUGACAAAGUAAGGAAGCGGAUUGAUUGGAUGCGAUGGAUAAUGCCGCCUUCUGUUCAUUUCCCUACCAUGUCUGGUCAAGAUACACUAGCAGCUCGUGUUCAGAAUAUUUCAUUGGAUCAGAGAACUGCAAACCAGAGUGGUGCAAGUAACCCUGAAGAUUCUGAUGCUGGUAGACCAUCAUAUGGGGACUUCAGUAAUCAGUCUCAGCUAUUCAACAAUGAGGGAUCAACCGCCGGUGCUCAUGGUGGGCCAGCAAGUAAUUGAAACGAAGCAAAAUCUGUUGAUGUACGUUUUCCUUGCUAAAAAUUCCUGGAAGAUAAAGAGUAGAGAAUGAUUUUGACGCCAUGGGUUAUUAUUUGCCUCUCUUGAAGGUACUGGUUUUUGAACUUUGCUACGAUGAAUCACGAUCUCUCGUACAGCAAAUUUACCGAAUUGUUUUCCUUUGUUCUUUUCCUUUUUACAAAUGGGGAUGUUGGAUUUUCUUUUACUAUUUGUUAUUGGUGAUGUUGGUGUUUAAAUCUGGGGAAUUUCGAUUUUUAUUUUCGAAAAAACAUAAAAGAAAAUCUUUGGAGGGCUUUGAUAGCCUCUGGUUGCAGGGGUGAAAAAAAAAAAAGAACACAUACUUGGAUUGAGGUCUAUGGAGAAAAUGGCUCCUGCAGCUGUGGCUGCAACAGCUACUACUGCUAUUAUUCAUGCCUACAAAA